AUGAAUGGUCGCAAUGCGCCUCUCUCACCUGUCUCUCUAGGCGGAAGCGAGUGGUCUGUUGGCAAAUACCAAUCCGUUAACGAAGACCCGUACGCAAACAACCGCGGCAACAUCGUCUCACCCCCCAAUUCCGGAGGCUCCAACGGGGCCAUGAAUGGCUCUUUUCCUCCCGGUCCGCGAAGCAGUGCCGGCGGCCCCUCACCGCCGCCCUCUGUCGGCCGCUCCAGCAAUGGCACAAACAUGUACGCGAGGAGUGAAAGCGGAAGGAGUAUUCGCGAGGAUGCCGAGGGCAUCUUGGGCGAGCACUACGUCGCCCUGAAGAAUUUUCUAAAUGGCGGACAAGGCGGCCGGCCCACGCCCCCUAACAAGGCCCGCGAUAAGCUGUUACGACUGUCCUCUGUCCAGUUCCUCGAACUCAGUACCGACGUUUUCGAUGAGCUCAUUCGGAGGCAAUCCCUCGGUCGCCGGCCCUCGGGCCCUGGAGGCCAAAAUACUCCCCCUUACCUGAUGCCCGAAGCCAACUUCCACCCGAAACGCAACCAGGCAAGACAGAAACUGUCCUCCCUUGGUCCUCCUCGAUUCCGCGAUCUUGCAACCGACGUCUUUUGCGAGUUGGAAAGGAGGUUUCCCCGCUUUGCUGCUGGAGAUAUACCCAGAGUGGGUAGCCCCGUAUCGGUCCGCUCGCAGGCGACCGUGAAUGGCGGCAAUGGCUACCCGCCCAGGAGUCAAAGCCGGAGUCAGAGUCGGAGACGGCCCUCCGACGCCAGCUCAAUGAGAGGAGGGCCACCACCACUCGACCCCUACGGCGUGCCGCCGUCGCCUGGUAUGCCGCCUGGCGGCGAGUACAAUCGUCCCCAGCAGAAGCAGUUCCAGAGCAACACGAUUGUGCCGAACAAGAGCACAAUGGUGGAAGAAGAUGACGACGGUAGUGGAAACGAGGACGGCGACGAAGCUUUUGGGCUGGAGCGCACGGCAACGAACCGCACGAGUAAAAGGAGUUUGGCUACGGAGCAAAGCGCGGUAGCAUCAGAGGCCGACAAGAAGCUUUUAGACGAAUACCAAUCUCAGGUCCGCGAACUCCGGGAAAAGCUUGACGCAAUGGAGGACGUCAUGAAGAAGAAGGACGACGAAAUGAACAGCAUCCUGGACAGCGAGAGAUCACGAUCGACGGCCGCGAAUAUGGAGAAGAAGGAAUUCGGUGAUCUCCGACUCGGCCUAGAGAACAAGCUUGCCGAAGCUCAGGACCUCAACGCGAAUUUAAAACAAGACUUGGAUCGCAUGAGAGACGAGCACGCCAACGAAACCCGCCAACUCAGAGAGGAGAUAGAGAACGCACAGCAAUCUAGCAUGGCGGCGGCAAAUGUCGGCUCUGGCAAUGCUGACCCAGAACUGCGACGGGAGAAUGAGCAGCUGCGGAGGGCGCUCCAGGAGCAACAACAGGUUACGGAGGAGGCCCGGCGCGAAGCUCGCGAAUUCCUCCGGGAGAUGAAGAUGCUGUCGCAACAGAGCGGCUCUACCUGGCAGAAACAAGAAGAGUUGGAGAAGACGAUUGACCAGCUCGAAGGCGAGGUCCGCGAGUGGCGCAACCGCUACGCGCGAACCAAGACACAACUUCGCGACAUGCGCGCCGCCUCUCUCGGAUUGAAUGUCGAGCAGGAUGCGGCCAAGUACGUGCGUGAGAAGGGCUUUAUGCAACCGAACGGAGCAGUCAAGGACGUUCAUGUUACCAAGUUCCAAAUUGCCAUUGACGAGCUUCUCCAGCGAGCCCGCUCGGAGGACCCUGACAAGGUCAUUGACGCUAUGAAGCAAGUCGUUGUCAGCGUCCGCCGCAUUACUAAGGAUAUCGACGAGGCAGCCCAGACCAACGAAGAUCUCAUGCAACAACGUUCGAAACUGAAGGGCAAGAUCUCCUCCUCCGCCAACAACCUCAUCACCUCGUCCAAGAACUUUGCAGCUGCGGCCGGCAUGUCACCAGUGUCUCUUCUGGACGCCGCUUCUUCCCACCUAGUUGCAGCGAUCGUCGAUCUCCUCCGGACUGUCAAAAUCCGAACAACACCCGACGACGAGCUGGAAGACGACGACGACGGCACGAUUACUCCGGUCGACUCGACUGGUUUCUUCUCCCCGAGAACCGCUUCAAGACAGGAUUCCAUGAUCCAAGAUUCUGUUCCCGCGCCAUUGCCGUUAGGACAGGCACCACCUCCCUUCCAAGGCCUCGGCGGCAGAGCCAGUAUGGACUCCUCUGCCUAUAGCCCCAUUAACUCGCCCCGUCAGUCUGCGGACACUUACAACCGCGGCCCCAACGGGCUGAAUGGCAUGAAUGGUAUGGGCUACAACAUGGGCAUGAACAAGAACGGCCCUGCGAACGGCUACGGCAUGCGCCAGGACAACCAGGCCGAGGAGCUCAAGAUCUACCUCGAGGACCAAACCGCCAUCCUGGUUCAGAACAUUCAGAACCUCGUCGGCUCUAUCCGCAGCGACGCGUCUAUCAACCAAAUCACAUCAGAGAUCAACGGCAUUAACGAAGUUGUCGGCAAGGUCAUCUCCGAGACUGAGGCGUCUGGCAACGGCGCUAUGAUUUCCCGCUUGGCCGCUUGCCGCGAGAGACUUCUUGAGGCCAGCGAGCGCGGAAUGGACAUCGAUCGCGGUCAAGACGUUGGUGCAAGUGGACGCAAUGACCGAGAGUGGCGUAUGUGGACGCAGACCCUGCCACCCAUCGCCUUCGAGAUCGCUAGGGAAACCAAGGAGCUCGUCCAACGCGUUGACCAGCUUGUCAUGAACAAUGGAGCCGACGACUUCGCUUAG